AGAUUUCAAUUGGGCAAAGUGAUUCCGCGCGCUCUGUCUCCUCUCAUCUCUGCAUUUCCCUGCCUUCGAGACUAGCGCUUUCGUGUCGUGUACUACAGCUCUUACUUACCCUGAUACCCUCUCUAAACCUCCUCCUCCGAUCUUCCUCCUCAGCUCCCUCGUCUCUAUAUAGCGUUCAAGUGCAUAGCUUACUACUUAAGCUUAUUGGAAAAUUGGAGUUCGGUUCGGAGUAGGGCAUUGCAUUUACGACGAAGAUCGAGCUUUUAGUUUGCUUGUUCACAAACUGUUGUUCUUGCAUGCACCAUGGAUGACGACCUGAAACAUCUGAGGGUCAGCUUCUCUGGGGUGAGGCAGGAAGAUCGUGGCCGCCGCGGCGGCGAGACAAUCCCAACACCAUCUUUUCAGCAAAGGACGAGUUCACGCAGAGGGUCACUGAGCAAUGCAGAGGAGUACGACGCGGCGUAUGCAGCCACGGUGGCAGCAGUGGCAUACGCCAUUGCCGCGCGAGAGGAGGAGAGGCUGUUAGCGUCUCAAGAGAGUCCGUCGCCGUAUGCUGCCGCGGACAAGCUUUCGCGUGGAAAUGGAAACAAGCAGCAGCGUACUGCUGCUGCUGCUGAUUCCAUGGAUGAGCUUGCUCGGACGACCACGCCGCAGUCCAGCAAGUCACCACGUACACCCAAGAGAGGCGAGAGCCUCAAGAAGCCGAUUUUCGAAGGCGGCAGAUCCUCUUCCUCGAGAUGGUUCACUGGUAAAGAGCCCAUAGACGACGAUUACCAAGAUGAACAAGCUAAUGUGUCAGUGAAACGGAUAAGACUGCCGGUUCACAGGAAGCCAGCACAGGGUGCGGUUUCAGACGAAAGGCCCCCUGUUUACACUGAUCCUGCACCACGCGUAAAGAAGGACCCCAGUUUCACCCGGAAACCGUCGGAAAAGAGAGGAAGCAGGAGAUUCGAGCAGGAUCAGGGCAACCAGACGGCGCCGGCACGGCCAAUGGACAAGACGUCGAGCUCGUAUUCGGCGGGCGGUAGGGAGAGUGGUGGAGCUGCUACUGCUACCACGUCUUCUGGUGGUGGAGUGGCGGCGUUCUCUAGCGAAAACGAAGCCAUGGCAGAUGCUUGGGAGAAGGAGAAGCUGGCGAAGAUCAAGAAGCAGUACAACGAGACGAUGCAGACGAUUGCUGAAUGGGAGACCGAGAAGAAGGCCAAGGCCAAGCGCCAGAAGGAGCUGAAAGAUGAGAGUGAGUCGGACAGGAAGCGUGCGAAGGCGCUGGAGGAGUACAACGAGGAGAUGUCGAGGAUCAACAAGGUGGCCGCGGCGUCGAGGCUGACGGCGGAGGACAAGAGGAGGAGCGCCGAGAGGAAGGUCAGGGACAAGGCGCACACCAUAAGGUCCACGGGGAAGCUUCCCGGGACAUGUGGCUGUUUCUGAUCAUCUGAUGAUGAAACCGCUCACCAGUCCAUGGUGAUGAGUCAAUGUGCAUAGUGUAUGUGUACAUAAGCCUCGAUCUCGACCGGCAAAUGGAUCCAUUUGCAACUAAAUCGAAAGGGAACGACAUGAAUAUCUGAGCAUAGAUGUGAGGCAAAUCAUCUUUGUUCGGAAUUUCAGAUGGCUGACAAGCACCUACGAAAUUGAUUUUUAGAAAACAGCCUCGUAUUUACAUAGGCGGUCUAAAAUUGUCUAUCUUCAAAAUAUUAAUAAACUUUAGAGUCUGUUCUAUUUAUA